AUGAUAUUCUCGGUUGACACUUUGGAUUUCUCAAAGCCGCUCGAUCACCUGGAGCUCUUUGCUGGCCAGAUGUCAGUGACCAGGGCUGAGACGCAGUGCGGCUGCAAUGGAUUUGGUCCUUGGGGGAGUGAAAUGGAUCUGGCAACCAAUGCUGGGUUCUCCAAUGCAGUGUACAAGGCAUGUACUUUGCGUGAAGGUGGAGCAGCGCUGGUAGCUCCCGUAUGCAGCUCAUGGGUGUUUAUGUCGAGGGGAUCUACUAAGCGCUCUGAUUCAUGCCCUAUGGGAGACCUAAACUCACCAGCUGUGAGACUGGGCAACCUACUCACAGCCCGAACCAUUGUGAUCUUGAUGAUCCUGGCUGCUCAAGGAGUUUGGUUUGCGCUGGAACAGCCUUCUUCCAGCCUGAUGGAGAAGCAUGUUCUUUUUCAAAGGCUGGUAGGCCUUGUGUCCAUCAGACGAAUGUCGAUCAUGAUGGGGGAUUUCGCUGGCCCGACGCUCAAGCCAACAUGGCUAUAUAGUAGCCACGUGGACGUCCAAGACAUCGAACGCUUCAAAGUUGCCCGCCGUCUCGAUCCUCAGCGUGAAAUGGUGCGGCACUACCAAGAUGGCAAAGGCCGUGCGCGGAUUACUGGAGGUUCCGCGCUGAAAUCAAGCCAAACCUAUCCUCGAUAG